CCGACAUGUGUUUGACGUGUUAUAGUUUUUGCAAUAUACACAUCACAAAUUUUAAAUAAAUGAGAUUCUUAUAAAUAAUUUGUAGUACACUUUUUAAAAUGAUCAUCAACAAGUUUUAUUUAGUUUUUAUAGUAUUAGUUUUAGACCAAACAAGCGCACAUUUGUUAGAAGGCUUAUAUUGCGGUAAAGAUAAUUGUUACGAGAUUCUCGGAGUUACUAGGUCAUCUACUAAGUCAGAAAUUUCAAAAAGUUACAGGCAAUUAGCUAGAAAAUUCCAUCCAGAUUUACAAAAAGGUGAAGACAAAAAAGCAGAAGCUACAGAAAAGUUUAAAGCCAUAGCUACAGCCUAUGAAAUUUUAAAAGAUGAAGAAGCUAGAAGUGAUUAUGAUUAUAUGUUAGACAAUCCUUCUGAAUAUUAUGCCCAUUACUAUCGAUACUAUAGAAGGCGUGUAGCACCCAAAGUAGAUAUACGAAUCGUUUUAGCAGUCACUAUAACUAUUAUUUCUGUUAUUCAAUAUUAUGGAGCUUGGCAAAGAUACGAGACAGCUAUAAGUUACUUUAUGACUGUUCCUAAAUAUAGACAUAAAGCCUUAGAACUAGCCAAGGUAAACAACGAUGCUGCAGGAAAGAAAAAGACUAAAAAUAAACAAGAACAAAAAGAAGAGCUAGAGAAGUUAAUAAGAAUGGUUAUUGAAGAUAAUAUGGAUAUUAAAGGUGCUUAUGCAAAACCUGACCUUUGGAAUAUUCUCUGGGUUCAACUAAUAAUAUCACCAUACACAAUCACAAAAUAUAUUAUCUGGUAUACAUCCUGGAUUUGGAAAUUCGAUAUCUUAAAAAGACCUUAUGGAACUGAAGAAAAAUUAUAUUUAAUACGUAAAAAUUUAAAAUUAGGAGAACAUCAAUUUAAUGCCAUUGAAGAACAUACUAAAGAAGAAUAUUUAGAAGAGGAGUUAUGGAUAAAAGAUAAAUUUAUUGCUUGGAAAAAAAUACAAGAAGAAGAAAUGAAAAAGAACUUAGCAGAAAAUGCAAGAGCAAAAGCAUAUCGAAGAUACAUGAAAAAUCAUGGUGUAUCAAGAAUGACAUUUGAUGAUUCAUAAAUACAAAAGUAUUAUAAAGUUUUCUUAAAUAGGGCUCCCACUGUUUGCAAUAAAAUUUGCUCAUAUGGCUCAUAUUCUAUCUAAUUACCUUGUUACUGAUAAUUCCUUAAGUAAUAAAGUAAGCUCUCUGUUAUUGAAUUUUUGCAUCUUCAUUUAAAUCUACCCAUAUUUUUCAUAACUUGGUGAGAUAUAUUAUUAGUCUUUCAAACUUGUUUAUUACAACUUGUGACAACAACAUAUUAGCAUUCUUUUAUUGUAAAUUGUGCAUCCUAGAGCCUUGUGUUCAAGUUGUAAAUGCCAAAUAACACAGUUACUAAAAUUCUUAG